ACCAAUCAAUUUCCUUAUGCGUAUGGUUAUGCACCUAUGCAAGUUGCGAAUUGUAAACAUUCUUCGUGUGAAAGAAAUACAAUAAUCUUUUUUACUGCUCUUUUCCUUAAUAUUGGUCCUGUGGGAGGGUUCUGUUUUAAGAGCCCAGAAUUAGCUUUAAUCUAAAGAAGAAGAAGAAGAAGGAAAGAAAUAGAAACGCGUCCACGUGUUUAGUAAACAUAACCUAUAUUUUCACGUGCACUGUGAUUAAAAUUGUAUCUGGAUAAAUAAUUUUUAUUUUCCGAUAUAGGCGAAGAGGUUGUUAAUUUUUGGACACGGAAAAUUACCGAUGAAACGAAAUGUCUCGUUUAAUAGUAAAAAAUUUACCGAAAAAUGUCACGGACAUCAAAUUGAAAGAAUUAUUCAGUCAAAAGGGCAUUGUAACCGACGUUCAGUUGAAGUACAAAGAAGACGGAAAGUUUCGACGCUUUGCAUUCAUUGGUUACAAAACGGAGGAGCAAGCAAAAUUAGCUCAAUCCUAUUUUGAUCAAACAUGCAUUGAUACUUGUAAAAUAUCUGUCGAGCAAUGUGCACAUUUAGGUGCCAAGUCAAAAGAAAAACCAAUAGAUUCGGCAGAAAAGAACGAUAUAAGUAAAACUAAAGAUAAAAUUGACAAAAAGAAGAAAAAAAAGAAGGCAGACAAAAAUGAGAACGUUGAAGUUAAGAAAGCACUUGAAAAACAUAAGGAGGAUCCUUUAUUUAUGGAGUUUCUUGAAACACAUACCAGUAAGGAUGCAAAAGUAAUUUGGAAAAAUGAUAUUGACAUACCAAUGAAAGAAGAAGUUACUGAAGAAUCUGAUGAUGAAUCUGAGGACAAAGAAGACGGUGAGUCUAAAGAAAGCACAGGAGAGGUAAAACUUUCAAAUGAAAAAGACAAACCUGACUGGCUAUGUCAGAGUAAAAUAAAAUCUCUGACAAAAGCUGUACCAAAGCAUGGACCAUUAACAUUCUACACUGUAAAAAUGCGAGGACUUGCAUAUAAGCACAUGAAGAAACACAUAAAGCAAUUCUUUCGUCCUAUAAAACCAAAAUCUAUUCGAGUCCCACAAAAAAUUAAAGGUAUAGCUUAUGUGGGUUUCAAAACAGAACAAGCCAUGAAAAAGGCUCUUAUGAAAAAUAAAAGUUUUCUAGAAGGGAAACAAAUAUUUGUAUCUAAAUAUGAGCAAAAAGAGGAAAUUGAAGAUUUUAACAAGGAUUCGUGCAAUAAGACUAAUAUUAAAUGGAAAAAACAAGAAGAAGCCUUAAAAAACGAAGAGAGUAUAGCAGAAUCUGGAAGAAUAUUUAUCAGAAAUCUGACAUACACCGUUACGGAGGAUGACAUAAAAAAAUUAUUUGAAAAAUACGGUCCUCUGUCUGAAGUAGAUUUACCUGUGGAUAGAAUAACUAGAAAACCAAAAGGAUUUGGCACAGUAACAUUUUUGAUGCCAGAACACGCUGUAAAAGCUUACAGCGAACUGGACGGUAGCGUAUUAGACGGUAGAAUGUUACAUAUUCUUCCCGGAAAGACAAAAGCUUCCUUAGAGGACAUUGAUACCGAAAAUUUAACUUAUAAGCAAAAAAAGGAACUGCAGACUAAAGCAACCGCGGGUUCGUCGCAUAAUUGGAAUACACUGUUCCUCGGACAGAAUGCUGUGGCAGAUGCUAUCGCGAGUCGCUACAACACGACGAAGGAGAAGUUACUGGAAGAUGGAUCGAACGGAAUGAGUGCUGCCGUUAAGCUAGCAUUAGGAGAAACGCAACUGGCUCAAGAUGCAAAAACUUUUUUAGAGGAAAACGGUGUAUGCUUGGAUGCUUUUAAUGGAGCGCCAAAGAAGAGGUCAAAUACCAUAAUCUUAGUGAAAAAUUUACCGGCUGAAACAAAACCAAAUGAGCUACAAGAACGAUUUGCCAAACAUGGUGAGCUCGCGCGUAUCGUGAUGCCACCGGCGGGCAUAACGGCGCUGGUCGAAUUUCUCGAGCCAUCUGAAGCACGCAAAGCUUUUCAAGCAUUAGCUUAUACAAAAUAUAAGCAUUUACCGUUGUAUCUAGAGUGGGCGCCGGAUAAUAGUUUCACCACAUCUGCAUCUAAAACCAAGGCAACGAAAAAUAAGGCAACUACAAAAAAAUCAACAGAUUCGGAAAAAGUUAAAGAUGAAAAAACGAUAGAACAAUCUAAAGAAAAGGAGAAGAAUACGCGUAAAAAGGAGAAUAACGAAUCGACCGAACCAGUCGAACCAGACACAACCCUUUUUGUAAAAAAUAUCAAUUUCUCAACUACGGAAGAACAAUUGAAAGAUUACUUCGGUAAAUGUGGUCCUCUCCAUUAUGUCACAAUAGCAACUAAAAUGAAUCCUGAAAAUCCUGCUGAAAAAUUGUCUAUGGGAUAUGGAUUUAUAAGAUACAAGAGAAAACUCGAUGCAGAUCGUGCAUUAAAAACGUUGCAAAUGUCAGUACUCGAUGGGAAAAGUUUGGAAUUAAAACGAUCUGAGAGAACAUUGAUGUCCGAUGUCAAAACAGCGAGAAAGAAGUCUAAGAUCACCGAACAAAAUGGUACUAAAAUUUUAGUACGAAACAUACCCUUCCAAGCAACUAUCCAAGAAGUGACGGAGUUGUUCAAAUCGUACGGUGAGUUGAAAGCUGUACGAUUACCGAAGAAACUAAUCGGCACUGAGAAGCACAGAGGAUUUGCUUUCAUUGAAUAUUAUACUAAGACAGAUGCAAAGAAAGCAUUUGAAGCUUUGUGUCAAAGUACUCAUUUAUACGGUCGAAGAUUAGUGCUUGAAUGGGCCCAGGCAGAAGAAGGUAUUGAAGAAAUUAGACGACGCACUGCGAAACAUUUCUAUCAAGAGAGUUCGACGAAAAAAUUCAAGAAAUCCAGAUUAGAUCCCGAAAGUGUUGGCCUUGAAUUAAAUUUGACUCAAGAACCAUAAUGUAUAAAUUACUUACAAAAUAUUUAAAUACAUAUUGUUUGAAAAAUAA